UUUUUGCUCUCUUUCAACAGAAUUCCACACCCCUUAUGGGAGACUCUUUCCCUGGUAGCAGGGAAAUUAUCAGGAAAGCCCUCUCAUUAGGGGAAGUACCACAGGAUUCUUUGGAGAUAUGCCUGCUAUCAAUAACACAAAAUACCUUAAAGCAAUAUUCUUGCGGCUUAAGGUUGUGGUGGGAGUUCUGCACUAAAAACAAUAUUAACGUAUUUUCUAUAAAAAUCCCACGUGUUUUACAAUUUUUAACGGAUCAGUUUAAAAAGGGUGCUUCUUAUGGUUCACUUAAUAGCUACAGAUCGGCGCUAGCACAGAUAGCGGGUCCGAACCUGGCACAAGACUUUAGGAUCAAGAGAUUCUUCCGAGGCGUCUUUAGUUUAAGACAGCCGUUACCCAGAUAUGAAAAUACAUGGGACCCUGGCAUAGUGGUUGAUUACUUUAGAUCUCUUGCCAGUAAUCCUAUUACUCUUGAAUUCCUUUCAGAAAAAUUAGUUACUCUUUUAGCACUUGCUACAGGGCAGCGUAUUCAAACAUUAAGUCUCAUUGAAAUUAGUAACAUAUUAAUCCACCCUGAUCGGAUCGAGAUAAAAAUUCCUCAUAGAAUAAAAACAACAUCUCUCAAAAGAACUCAACCAUUUUUAGUCUUGCCUAUGUAUCAUCUGGAUCCCACAGUUUGUGUAGCCACAACAUUGCUACAAUACUUAGAUGAAACGAAGGAUUUGAGGGGUCCUUGCGAUUUCUUAAUUAUCACACAUAAAAGACCCUUUCGAAAAGCAACAUCGCACACUCUUGCUAGAUGGAUAAAAAAUGUCUUAAGAAAAAGUGGAAUUGACAUAAACACCUUUAAGGCGCACAGUACACGUCAUGCAGCAACGUCAGCGGCAGCUAAGAAUGGCGUAAGCUUUGACUCUAUUAGACUUGCUGCAGGCUGGACCCAAAAUUCAAGAUCAUUUGCAAAUUUCUACAAUAGGCCUAUAAUAGACAAUAAAAAGUUUGCUAACACAAUAUUAUCAGCGUCUGUUUAUUAAAUUUAGACAUGCACAUGUACUUGAGUUACCUAUUAUGAUUAUGUAUCAAUAGCCUUAUAGUUAGUUGGUUUUCAUUUAUAUACAUAUAGAUA